AUGGAUUCCUCAUCUUCGCAAAAGUCCGCCAACCUAUUCCAGGUCUAUCUGCGGUUGCGACCGCCUCCUGCCGGCGCUGCUCAGUCUGAUCGAUUUUUGGAUGUCGAAGAGUGCGAUGAAGACUCCCACCCCACUCACAUCACCAUGAACCCACCAAACGAUCGGAAACGUUCAACGGAAAAGUUCGCCUUCACUAGGGUUUUUGAGGAAGAUGCAACACAGCUCGACGUUUUUCACUGCAUAGGAGUCGCCUCACUUGUCGAGGGAGUCUUGGCCCCUCAUGGCGGUCAGGGCACCGAUGCUCUGAUUGCUACUCUAGGCGUCACUGGUUCUGGGAAGUCUCAUACCAUUCUCGGAUCGCGUUCAACACGAGGCAUGACCCAGCUCGCCCUCGACGUCGUCUUCCGAUCCAUUGGCACCAACCUGUACGACUCCCCGGACCUAGAGGGCUCUCUUCAAGCCUCCGAUUUUUCCGACGCCAUUAUCAUUUCGGCACCGUACUUCCUCGAGACUGUGUUUGCGGACUUUGGCUCCUCCCGCGGGGGAGGAUCAAGAGCAGGAACGCCCAUGCUUGUAGGAGACCCUGUUUCCCUUCUUCGCACCCCUUUCCUACGUCUUGGCCGCCAUGAGAAACCACAUCUGCCCCCGUCCAUGUCUGUGUUUGGGGAUGUGCGCCUAGUGCCUCCAACUCCAGACUCCCCGCGGCGCAAGCAACGUGAUGCUCUUUCGACGCUAAUGCUCGAAGAGCAUCUUGAGCAUCAAGGUGAUGCGCAAAGGCAAUUCAUGACCAUGACUGUUGCAUCCAAAACGAAAGACGUUGCUAAAACUUCGACAAAGGGCGAACAUUAUCCUCCACCAACUCCUCGACGAAACCUUCAGCGACCCUCAGCUCUCCCUUGCUCUCCCGAUAUCAGCUCCGUUAACGUGUCCUCUGACCCCGAUUGUGACUAUGCCGUCGUGCUGUCCAUGUACGAAGUAUACAACGACAAGAUCUAUGAUCUUCUGACUCCGCCUAUCAAGUCCAAUGCUACAAAAGAGUAUCGACGACGACCUUUGCUCUUCAAGUCGACUGAAUAUUCCGCUGACAGGAAGGUCGUUGCUGGCCUAAAGAAGAUUGUGUGUACCAACAUGAGGGAAGCUAUCAUGGUGCUUGAAGCUGGUUUACACGAACGCCAAGUUGCUGGAACUGGAAGCAACAGCGUCUCUUCUCGUAGCCACGGUUUCUUUUGCGUCGAGGUAAAGAAGCGGGCCAAGGUUGGACGGGGUCGCGCCUGGGUUGGCAACACAUUAACCGUGGUUGAUCUUGCUGGAAGCGAGCGCGCUCGAGAUGCAAAGACCCAGGGGGCGACCCUUGCUGAGGCUGGCAAGAUCAAUGAAAGUCUUAUGUAUCUGGGGCAAUGCCUUCAGGCGCAAAGUGGUAUGGGCAGCAGUAACAAGCCGACUGUCAUGCCUUUCCGCCAGUGCAAGAUGACUGAACUGUUGUUCUCCAACUCGUUCUCUGCGACAUCCUCUGCAGGAGUUGUGCCUCGCCGAAAUGCCCAGCGAGCCGUCAUGAUUGUGACGGCCGACGCACAAGGUGACGUUAAUGCUACCUCACAAAUCCUCAGAUACAGCGCUCUGGCGAGAGAAGUCACAAUACCUCGUAUACCAAGCAUCACGUCAACCCUGCUUGCAGAUACUCCCACAACCUCGCAUCCAUCUGCAGGAAUUAGAUCUCCUGAUUUGCCGCAACAUCGACGAGGCUACUUUGGCCACGGAUCAGCGGGACAUCGCAGCUUUUCGCCAGGCUCUGAUAACGAAGACAGGGUUCUUAUGGAGCAUGCUGCACUGGAGAUUGCUCGGAUGCAAGAAGAGAUAACGAAUCUCCAUAUCGAGCUUGAUAACGAGCGCGAAGCGAGAAUAUCUGCCGAGGCACAUCUUCUCAGCAUGGAAGACAGACUGCUAGAUGUAGAGCAGACGGUGCGUGAAGACUGCAUGGCCGAGUUCGACGCUCGCUUUGAAAUGGAACUGGCCCGCUGGAAGGCGACACUCGCAGCAGAACAGGAGAAGGGAGAAGAGCACUGGGACCGGAAGAUGGAGCUCUUCGAGAAGGGUCUUGGUGUCACCUUGGCAGAGGACGACAACGCCGGCGAUGACAAGGAAAACUUACUGAUCGAGGACCUCGAAGACGAGAAUGAGAGACUUCGACGUGAAAACGAGGUUCUGAAACGCGAACUUGCAGCGAGAAGCCCAACUAAGCGCAAGCCGCUCCAAGAACGAGCCGACUUCAGCGGCCGCAAAGCAGGCACUGGUGUAAGCAAUCUAGGCCAAAAGAUGGAGCAGCUGCGCGUUAGCAACGAGAGUACAGCUGGCACUAGUAACUCUGGGAGCCCGAAGAAAAUGCGGAAGCUCGCAACAAAGCGCUGUGAGACGGUCAACGAUCAUGACUUUUGA